AUGUCUUCCGGUUCUUCAGGCAACAAUGGCACUCUGGUAGUAGCCGGCCCCGACACCAUACAGGUCGCAGACUUCUAUGUCAAAGCCUCCAUCCUUCAUCCUCUGGUCAUUGGCUCAAUUGCCAUUAUUGUGCUCUUCACCUCACUCCGCUUCUUCAGCAACCGCUCGAUCGCAGCCAUGAACGUGACAGACUGGAUUGCAAACGUUGCUAUCGGCAGUACUUUGGCUGGCAUCUGCAACGGCAAUUCACUCGUCCGAGGCAUGCUGUCUCUUGCUACCAUUCUCGGUUUCCAGUAUCUGAUGUCUUUUGUCGGCUCUCGUCUACCUUCCAAGCACGGAUGGUUACUCACUUCACCUCCUAUCAUGAUUGCUUUCCGUGGCAAGCUUUUGAGCAAAGUCAUGGUUCGACAUCGUAUCUGCCUAGGCGACUUUUACGCAUCCUUGCGCCAGAAGAAUAUACUGGAUGUGUCAGAGCUUGAGUGUGUUUUCAUUGAAGCCAAUGGGUCGUUCUCCAUCUACACGAGGAAGCAAGUUGGCAACUGUCGAGAAGUGGAUGUGUUGAUGCAGGUCCCGAGUUACAAGGCAUUGUGCGAGGAUGCUGAUCAGAGAGUUCAAAAGAACGAUGGGGGUAAAGAAGGGAAGGACUGCUGCGAUGACCAACAAAAUGACCUUGCCUCAGAAGCCUGCUGA